GUAGAAAAAAGAGUACUAAGGGGACUUAGGUUUUUCAAGAAAGGUUAGAACGCAAUAUAAAAAAAGAAACGCAGAGGGCAUCAUGUUCAAGCUGCAGAAAACAAUCAGACCGAUUCAAGCUGCAGGUAGAGUCUACAGCUCUGCUGUGAAAGUGUUGAGAAGCCCAGCUCCUGAGGAGACAGUCACUGCAAGCUUUGGGAAAUUUAUCAGUGAGGUUAAAUCUGAGCACCUGUCCCCUGUGGUUCUUCACCGCAGUAAAAGGAUGGUGCUGGACAGCAUUGGUGUGGGUCUCAUUGGUAGCACUACUGAGGUGUUUGAAAUGGCUCUACAGCACUGCAAGGACAUGUAUGGCCCUGAUCACAUCAGCUCAGUGUAUGGACGCAGAGGCACAAGGCUCUCCCCAAUAUUGGCAGCUUUUGUCAAUGGAGUUGCGACUCACUCCAUGGACUUUGACGAUACCUGGCAUCCAGCAACUCAUCCAUCAGGAGCCGUCCUUCCUGCUGUGUUAGCUCUCAGUGACAUGAUGCCAGCCAGCAGGAAACCCAGCGGCCUGGACUUCUUACUGGCAUUUAAUGUUGGCAUUGAGAUCCAGGGCCGCCUGAUGAGGUUCUCCAACGAGGCCUGCAAUAUUCCUAAAAGGUUUCAUCCUCCCACUGUGGUUGGUCCUAUGGGAAGUGCAGCAGCCUGUGCUCGCCUCUUGUCUCUGGAUCCCUCUCAAUGCAGUCAUGCUUUGGCUAUAGCUGCUUCUCUGGCUGGAGCCCCGAUGGCUAAUGCUGCCACUCAGUCUAAACCCCUUCACAUUGGUAACGCCUCACGUCUUGGACUUGAAGCUGCCCUCUUGGCCUCUAGAGGCCUAGAGGCCAGUCCUCUGGUCCUGGAUGCUGUUGCAGGCGUGGCAGGCUUUAAUGCUUUUUAUGAAGAUUAUGUGCCACAAUCUUUAGAUUCCCCCAAUGAUGGCCAUGCAUUCCUGUUAGAGGAGCAGGACAUGGGCUUCAAGCGCUUUCCUGCUCAUCUAGGGAUGCACUGGGUGGCAGAUGCUGCAGCUUCUGUCCAUAAGCUUCUUGUUGGAGUUGGUCCUGGAAAGUUCUGGUCAGAUCAGGUCCAGGACAUCUUGCUUAGAGUCCCUCGGUCUAAAUACAUCAACAGGCCUUUUCCUGAGUCAGAGCAUGAGGCCCGUCACUCCUUCCAGUUUAAUGCCUGCUCUGCUCUCCUGGAUGGUGAGGUGACCGUG